AUGGGAUAUGGGAACCAAGAAGAAGUAGGGGCAGUCCUGAGUUGGAUAUUCCUCAGAGAUCUCCUGAGUGGAGUAAAUAAAUACUCCACUGGGAUUAGAUGGAUUUGGCUGGCUGUCGUGUUUGUCUUCUGUUUGCUGGUCUACAUGGUGGCAGCAGAGCACGUGUGGAAAGAUGAGCAGAAAGAGUUUGAGUGCAACAGUAGACAGCCCGGUUGUGAAAAUGUGUGUUUUGAUGACUUCUUCCCCAUUUCCCAAGUCAGAUUUUGGGCCUUACAACUGAUCAUGGUCUCCACACCUUUGCUUCUGGUGGUUUUACAUGUAGCCUAUCGUGAGGGUAGAGAGAAAAGGCACAGAAAGAAACUCUAUGUCAGCUCAGGUACAACGGAUGGGGGCCUAUGGUAACUUAUCAGCCUCAUUGUUAAAACUGGUUUUGAAAUUGGCUUCCUUACUUUAUUUUAUGAGCUAUAUGAUGGCUUUAGUGUUCCCUACCUUAUAAAGUGUGAUUUGAAAAGUGUGUUAAAGCCUUGUCCCAACACUGUGGACUGCUUCGUCUCCAAACCCACUGAGAAGACAAUCUUCAUCCUCUUCUUGGUCAUCACCUCAUGCUUGUGUAUUGUGUUGAAUUUCAUUGAACUGAGUUUUUUGGUUCUCAAGUGCUUUAUUAAGUGCUUUCUCCAAAAAUAUUAAAAAAAACUUCAAGUCCUCAGUGUGUGA